UUUACCCUUCAACCGACAAUGGUUCGCAAGAAGGUGCCCCUCCGGUACAUUGGUGAGGACUCCACCCGUCGCCGUACCUACGAGACGCGGCGCAAAUACCUGAUGAAGAAGGUGGGUGAGCUGGGCAUCUUGUGCAACACCAAGGCCUGCGUGCUGGUGUAUGACGAGGGCGCGUCAGAGCCGGAUGUUUACCCAUCCCAUGCCGAGGCGGUGGCUAUGCUAAAUCGGUACAAGGCCAUGCCGAACAUGCCGCAGUUCAAGAAGACGACGAGCCAGGAGGAGUUCCUCACCAAGUGCCUCGCCAAGCUCCAGCAUCAGGCCAACAAGCUCCAGAGCGAGCGUGAGGACCGCAACAUCAGGGCCCUCCUGCACAAGGCCAUGCUCGGUGGCAACCUCAACGCCGAGGAGGUCGCCAGGGUUGGUUGUAAGCCGGGGGAGAUCCACAAGAGCCUCGUCGAGCGCAUCGCUAAAACCAACUCGCAGCCACCGGUCUUCCAGUCCCAAGCGCCAUACAUCUUCGGCGGGGCCGACAUGGGGCCUCCGCCGAUGUAUCAAGCGCCGCCGCAGCAGCAGGCAGGCGGGCAGCCACCGGUCUUCCAGCCCCAUGUGCCAUACGUCGCUGGCAGCGCCGACAUGGGGCCUCCACCGAUGUAUCAAGCGCCGCCUCAGCAGCAGGCGGGCGGGCAGCCACCGGCCUUCCAGCCCCAGCCCCAGGCACCAUACGUCGCCGGCAGCGCCGACAUGGGGCCUCCGCCGAUGUAUCAAGCGCCGCCGCAGCUGCAGGCGGGCGGGCAGCCACCGGUCUUUCAGCCCCAGGCGCCAUACGUCACCGGCAGCGUCGACAUGGGGCCUCUGCCGAUGUAUCAGGCGCCGCUACAGCAGCAGGAGGGCUGGCAACCACCGGUCUUCCAGCGCCAGGCACCAAACGCCACCGCCAGCAUCGACAUGGGGCCUCCGCCGAUGUAUCAAGCGCCGCCGCAGCAGCAGGAGAGCUGGCAGCCAUCGGUCUUCCAGCCCCAGACGCCAAACGUCACCAACAACGUCGACAUGGGGCCUCCGCCGAUGUAUCAGGCGCCGUCGCAACAGCAGGAGGGCUUGCAGCCACCGGUCCUCCAGUCCCAGGUACCAAACAUCACCGGCAACAUCGGCAUGGGGCAUCCGCCGAUGUAUCAGGCGCCGCCGCAACAGGAGGAGGGUUGGCAGCCACCAGUCUUCCAGCCCCAGGUGCCAUACGUCACCGGCAGUGUCGACAUGGGGCCUCCACCGAUGUAUCAGGCGCCGCCGCAGCAGCAGGAGGGCUGGCGUGACAGGGUGAGGUCCGAGGGGGGCCACGGCGCCCUAGCCUAUAAUGGAAAUGGCUACAAUACUGGUGGCCACGACGGCGCCGGCACCAGCUCAAGCGCCAACUUCCUCGAUGAUGAUAUGAUGCAGUUCUGGGACGAUAUGGAGUUCGGGUUGUAGUGAGGCGCCGAUCAUGGAGCAUCCCCUUCGAGUCGUUUUGCUCCUAUAUGCGAGGAGAGGAUCCUUAGUGCAUGGUCAUGCGUCUCGUCUCAUUUUAUUUAAUUUUGGCAUGGUUAAGAUGCAUGAAUGGCAUUGUUAAUAAGGAUGGAAAUUCGGUCUCUGUCAUGCUCUUGGAGCCAAGGCAUUUUCAUUCUAGUUGCUGAAAUAUUUAUUCUGGAUAUCUUCUUCGUUGAAA